AUGGACGACGACGCACCUCUAGACAUCCCUUUGCCAUCCCUGGGCCUUUUCAACUGCCAAACACCGCUGGUGACGCUACACCAAAGCAACGCUGGACCUUCCGAGAUGACGCUUCGACCACGACAAAACACGUUAACAGAGGGGCUGAUUUGGAAGGCGGGCUGCCGCCUCCGCCAGUAGGCAGCAGCUCCUCUGGGUUCACCACUGCAGCACCUCCCAGCACAGGUCUUGGUGUGGAAGCUGCUGACAUUGCUGUGGUUGUCGUCUACUUAAUCUUUGUGAUGGUGGUUGGAAUCUGGUCAUCUGUGCAAACCAAUCGCAGCACUGUGGGAGGUUACUUCUUAGCUGGACGCUCAAUGACAUGGUGGCCUAUUGGAGCUUCUCUGAUGUCCAGUAAUGUUGGCAGUGGUCUGUUUAUUGGUCUAGCGGGAACAGGAGCAGCAGGAGGCCUUGCUGUUGGGGGAUUUGAAUGGAAUGCAGCUUGGGUGCUGGUGGCUCUGGGCUGGAUCUUUAUCCCUGUCUACAUCUCUGCUGGUGUGGUGACUAUGCCUGAAUACCUGGCCAAACGCUUUGGUGGCCAGAGGAUACGCAUAUACAUGUCUGUUCUGUCACUCAUCCUCUACAUCUUCACCAAAAUAUCUACAGAUAUCUUUUCAGGAGCAUUGUUUAUCCAGGUGUCGUUAGGCUGGGAUCUCUAUCUGUCCACAGGCAUACUGCUGCUGGUCACUUCUGCUUACACUGUGGCAGGUGGUUUAGCAGCAGUGAUCUACACUGAUGCACUCCAGACUUUGAUCAUGGUUGGGGGAGCCUUUGCCCUAAUGUUCAUAGCAUUCUCUAAAGUCGGCUGGUAUGAAGGCCUUGUGGACCGCUACAUGUCAGCUGUACCCUCGGUGACGGUCACCAACAGCACCUGCCACCUACCUCGUAGUGAUGCCUUCCACUUGUUCAGAGACCCGGUGUCAGGGGACUUACCAUGGCCAGGUCUGGUGUUUGGGCUCACUGUACUGGCUACAUGGGUCUGGUGUACUGAUCAGGUUAUAGUCCAGAGGUCUCUGUCAGCCAAGUCUUUGUCUCAUGCCAAAGCAGGCAGUGUGCUGGGAGGCUACCUGAAACUACUGCCCAUGUUCUUCAUCGUCAUGCCAGGCAUGAUCAGCAGAGCACUGUUCCCAGAUGAGGUUGGUUGUGUGGAUCCAGCAGUGUGUCAGAGAGUGUGUGGAGCUUCAGUUGGUUGCUCCAACAUCGCCUACCCUAAACUAGUGAUGGAGCUAAUGCCUGUGGGUCUACGUGGUCUGAUGCUAGCAGUGAUUUUUGCUGCGCUGAUGUCAUCUCUGACCUCCAUCUUUAACAGCAGCUCCACUCUGUUUACAUUGGACCUCUACCAUAGAGCCAGGCCUAAGGCUUCAGAGAUGGAACUCAUGAUUGUUGGAAGGGUGUUCAUUCUGGUCUUGGUGUGUGUUAGUCUCUUGUGGAUACCAGUCAUUCAAACAGCAAAUAGUGGACAGCUGUUUGAUUAUAUCCAGUCAGUGACCAGCUUUCUAGCUCCACCCAUUACCGCUGUAUUCCUAAUGGCUAUCUUCUGGCCACGUGCCAACGAGCAGGGUGCAUUCUGGGGUCUGACAACUGGACUAGUGGUGGGACUAAUCCGGAUGGUUCUGGAGUUCUCCUAUACAACUCCUUCCUGUGGUCAGCCUGAUCAUCGGCCUGCUAUCCUGGCUGACGUCCACUACCUGUACUUUGCUCUCAUCCUGUUGGCACUAACAUGUCUGACCAUUGUUGCUGUCAGUUUGGCCACUGCCCCAAUACCUAAACAACACCUGUACAGGCUGACCUGGUGGUCCAGAUAUAGCCAGGAGCCUCGGGUCGACCUCACGAGUCCCUGGAUGACCUCUGACCCAGUGAACCUUGACACUAGCUGUGACUCCGACCGCUUGCCAGAUUCCUGGUGGCGGAGAGCUGCUCUGUGGCUCUGUGGUCUGACUGGUCCCAGCUCUGGUCCUGCAUCUCCAGUGACUGAAAACAGCAAACUGAACUCCCUGCAGGAGGAGCCACUUUGGGGAAUAGUCUGCAAUGUUAAUGCUCUGCUACUACUGACUGUUAAUGUGUUUCUCUGGGGAUACUUUUCCUAAUCUGAAGGUUUAAUGAAAUCCUGAACAAGUUGUUAUCAGUAAAGUUAUACUAGGCAUUUCAUUCUUUGUUUAAUUUUUUUGAUGAAAUGGCUUGGUUGAGUGGUUCAACCAAUCAGCUCCUCUGUUGGAUUUGUCUUCUAUGCAACAAAAGACUUUAAGUGUCUAUUAAUGAUCAUGCUAUACUCCAAUUUAACUACUGACAAGCUCUUUAACUCACUUACAUGGUCUGUAAAUAAUCACUUCUUAAACACUGUAAAUAAUCAGUCUGUAAAUAAUCACCUCUUAAACACUUCUUAAACAUUCUCAAAAAGCCAUGAUUCCACACAUGUAAAUGUCAGUGAAUUCUUCAUCUCUCUCUGCACCAUCAGCACUGCUGGUGGCCACUACCUGAAUGACAUUUGUGCACUUAAGCUUCAUUUAUACUCCUGAGCGGACGCGUACAUGGACAGCUGCAAACACCACAGACAGGAAGUUGUUCUGUUUAUACUACCUUCUGGGGUCAGCUUGGAGGACGCAUUCCUCACAUGCACAGUAGAUUGCCAUCUACAGGAACAAAGAGUUGUGACUGCAUGGACCAGUGCAGUCCACGAGAAAAGACUGGAAAAAACUGAUUGACCCCAGGUCCGUUGUGGCCUCCUGGACUAUUACAUGCUUGCUCUUGGUGUGAUUUUUGUUGUUUGAUCACUCCUGGGGAG